UCAUAACAGGAUGUUUGUGAAGACAGACAUGGAUCAGAUCCAAAAAUUUGUGUAGCCCAUGAAGGAUGAAGGUUUCACUGUGGGUGGCCCAUCUCUACUGUUUCCAGUGAUAAUUAGUUUAGUUUGAAAUCCACCUGAUUUUUAGCUCACGUCCUAACACAAGCAGUCAUACACCGGUGGACGGGGUAGAACGUUACGCAGAAAUCUAUUUGGGCUCUAAGAACCUUUUUUUUUUUACCUUCCACCGGCUGGUUAACAUUCGAGCCAUGAGAAAGGUGGGUCCCGUAAAAUGAGUAUCACUUGCCUGAAAAACGUGGCGAAUCCAGUUAUCAGAUGUGGUAAACCUGUAUGUUAGUGCAGAUCCGCUGUAGUCCUUUGAUUGCUAUGGUUUGCACACAAAGAACAAGCUCGCUCGCCACACGUGCAUCUGAUCAAUCUCUCACACGUGCACCUCGUUUCCACGCCUGUGGCGAGUACACUUACGAAAAUACACACAAAGUUCAAAGAACAAGCUGGCUUGCCAUUUGUGCAGACAUUUAGGGGCAUUUUCGUACUUCCAAAGUCUCAAAUUUCUGAAAAGAUCUCUCAAGCGCGGGAACAUUAAAAACUGGAGGGUAAUCGACUUCGCGGGUGCUGAUAAAACAGCUAGAACUUCAAAUUCCUGUCUCUCUUUCUUUCAAAAAACCAUGGCCCCAAACAUCAUACCACAGGAUUCAAACCCCCUCAAUUCCCAGAUGAUGGCGGAUUCUUCUCCAUUGCUUUCAUUACCUUCCCAGCCUCCUGAUAUUAGGAACUGGUUUUCAAGUUAUGAAUACGAAUCCCCAGCGUCAGAUGUUGAGGACGAUGAUUUCAAAGGUUUUGCAUCCGAAAAUCUUGACCGUGGGGAAUUGGAGAAUGUUGAAAGAUUUGAAAAUAGGAAAGACCCAAAUCCUCCUUAUUCUGUGGAGAGGAUCUUUGGUGAAUUCACGACAAGUCAGAGGUCUAUGCAGGUUUUGGAGCAAAAGAGCCAUUUUAUAAACAAGGAUACCCAUUUACCUGAAAUAAGAGAAGUCCCUCCUCGCCCAAAGAGCUUGCUUUCAAGAAGACUUGGUGAAGAUGACCACUGUCAGGAUCAGUCUUUGCGCAAAUUCAAUCUUAUUCCAGUGGCUGUUAAUGAAAAUUCAAGUAUAAAUAACAAAGUUUCUCCAGAAAAGUUGGAUGGCAAAUACUUCAGGAAAGAAGAUCGGAUAGUCUCGAAAACUAAUAGAAGUUCAAGCAAGGAUAAUGGAUACUUUCCAAAAGAUUUUAUUGCGGGAAAGGAUCUCAAAGAAGUAAAAGAUUUGCAAACUAACCUCAAUUUGAAAGUUGCAAAUGGAAGCAAUGUCAAAGAGGAAGGAAGAGUAGUUGCAAAUGAUGGUUUCAUAUCAACAAAAAGUAGCAGAACUGCAACAGCAAAUGGUGGCAGUUUUGCAACCACGUUGAUUCCAAUGCAGCCAUUGGCAGGAAAAUGUCUGACUUCCCAAGAAGCUGUUUUCUCAGAAAAUGAUGGGAAGUUGAGACAAGAUCAUGUGGGUGGAUCCUGUCAAAAGGAAUUUAGAGAAAAUUCAGGUUUAAUUUUGAGCCAGAAUGACAAGGCAUCAAUUUGCGAACGCCAGGUUCGAGUGGGGAGAGCUGUGUUAUCGGAUCGAACCAACUUUCAUGCUGAAGAAACAAUGCUAGAGAUACCAGGAAAAUGGAAAUGUCCCCAGAAAGGUAAGCCAUACAUUGGACCUCCAUUAAAGCAGCUUCGCCUUGAACGUUGGGUUCGUCGAGCACAGUAGGCAUGAUCUCGUCUGAGAAUUACCCUAUCUUGCUAGCUCCAUGGGAGAAUCUUUAACAGUUUUCAACCCUCUUCAAUUAGAUUAUUACAGAUGUGGCCUGCAUCUUCACACACUAUCUACAGUGGUGCCAACAAGGCCAAGGUUUGGUGAUCCAGGCCUUUAGGUGCCUGAUUCGGCAAGUAGAAUAAAUAACUAAAUAAAACAUUAUGUGACAGGGAUUCUAGCAGCUGUGAUUUUUAUUUUACUGCUUUAUUUUAGUAAGCUAGAAUUAUGAGAAUCUUGCAGGGAUUUGACAGAGUAAUAGAAAAACUAUAAAAGGGAAUGUAAUCGGGAAGGAGAAAAUUCAUAAAAACAAUUUCUUCUUAGGCAUUUAAUCGCAGAGGGGCAUCCCUCCUAGAAGAGGGAAUCAUUUGGGCUUUUUUUUUUUUACUUCUUCUACCAACAUGACUAUUACCAUUUGGUAUAAGGGUGGUUGGCCUUAUACCUGUGGGAGGAUCCAUAGCGGGAGGAAUUAGAUUGCAGGAAACCAAGCAGCUGAAGUCAGAGAUCAAACAAAUCAGGGAAAGCAGUGAGAAGCAAUCUGAAGUCUUCUAAGAUAUUUGACAGUUGGUGUCCGCCAUCAACCUUAAAUAUGACACGUUAUCUACCUCAUUUACCAACCACCAGCUGGAGAUCGUGGCAUCGAUAACAGCAACACCAUCUCGCACAACGACGGGAGUGGGAGUAGCUCCUACAAGGUAUGCAAAGGUUAAGUUUCUAGAUUUUACGGUGAGGAUCCUUUGGAGUGGGUGGACUGUGUUGAACAUUUUUUU